CAAGCAUCCGUAGCGCGUCAAGCGGAUGAGACCACGUGACACAUCUGAUACUUGUGCUUUCUGUUCUUCCCUAAAUGCCAGUAAAUACGCCGAAUAACUCUCUUAAUCAAAACCGUAACUGCAUCUCGGGAUUUUUCGAUUAAUGAAUGUCGAAGUGUUAGACGCGAACGCCAAACCCCCGACAGGAAUUCCUCCGUGUUUGUUCUAAAGUUGUGAGCAUAUGUAAGUUGUCAGGCUCGCUCUUCUUCCACCUGGACACUUGACAACUGACGUUCACUUGGUUGCGAGCCUGGAGAGGAGGAGAACAUAAACAGGAUACCAAUGCGGUUGAAAGACCCCUUCUCUUUAAAAACCGCAGACAUGACCAAGCGGUCUAACAAGCCAAAAAAACCUCGCGAUGAAGACUCAUCUGACGAGGUUGGCGGUCUGACGUGCCAGCAUGUGAGCAGAGCUGUGGACCUGAGCUCAGUAAAGAAGGCAGUGACGGGCAGCCUGUGGUCUGUGUGCUCUGACUGCCUUAAAGAGAGGAACGUGCUGGAGGGAGAAACGGCAGGAGCACAUGACAUCCUUGUGUGCCUCAAGUGUGGCUUCCAGGGCUGCAACCAAGCAGAAGUUCAGCAUUCCACAAAACACCAGCAAGCUCAUCACUCAGACUCUCACUGUAUCACCAUCAGCCUCACUACAUGGAAGGCCUGGUGCUUUGAAUGUAAGGAAGAGCUGUCCACUCACUGCAAUAAGAAAGCAUUGGCUCAGACUCUGGACUUUCUGCAAAAGCAGUCAGCAAAAGCCACCUCAGGAACAUCCUCAAAACUCAUCAAGCUCCGAGAGGAACCCGCUGAAUAUGUGGACACUCAGAGAGGGAAGAGUCCAGUCAAUAGCACACUUAUCCCAGUCAAGGGCAUCAACAACCUGGGCAACACCUGCUUCUUCAAUGCUGUGAUGCAGAAUCUCUCUCAGACCCACAUGCUGAAUGACCUGAUUCAAGAUGUCAAGGAGAAAGGACAUAAGAUGAAGAUCAGCCCCUCCACUGAGACUAACUUGGGGUCGCUGACUGUGACGUUGCCCAGCCCUGAACCCCUCACCUCAGCCAUGUUCCUGUUCCUCCAAAGCAUGAAGGAAUCUGGAAAAGGGCCUGUAUCUCCCAAGAUCCUUUUCAACCAGCUCUGUCAGAAGGCUCCUCGUUUUAAGGGUUACCAGCAGCAGGACAGUCAGGAAUUGCUGCAUUACCUCCUGGACUCUAUGAGAGUGGAGGAGACAAAGCGCAUUAAAGCGGGGAUCCUUAAAGCCUUUAACAACCCCACAGAGAAGACUGCAGACGAGGAGACCAAACGACAAGUGAAGGCUUAUGGAAAAGAAGGAGUGAAAUUAAAUUUUGUUGAUCGAAUCUUUGUCGGAGAGCUGACCAGCACCAUAAUGUGUGAAGAGUGUGAGCAUAUUUCUACAGUGAAGGAAGCCUUUAUUGACAUUUCUCUUCCCAUCAUUGAGGAAAGGAUUUCAAAGCCCACAAACCCUGCUAGACUGGGCAAAAGUGGGCGGGAACAAGACAGUCUGACCUCCCAUGAUGACUCAUUAGCUGCCCACUCCCAGGCCAAUCGAAACAGCAGGAGGCUCAGUGGACAGAAGCUACAGAGCCGCCAUUCGUCCACGUCUCAUGAUGACCGAGGCCCAGACACUGUUUCUAGCCGUCAAGAGGAGGAUCUCUGUGUGGCUGGCCGUGGCCUAUCCAGUUACAGGACUGAUACAAUGGGCAGCCAGUCAGACUGCAGUGAAAAAGAGUCAAACCUGCAGGACAGCAGUAACGAUGCAGACAGCGAGGCCUCUGAAAGUGAAUGGUCUCCCCGAAUCCCAUCAGUGUCCAGUCACAGCAGCACAUCAGAUAAAACCUCAAUCACCACAACUCUAUCCACAACAACACACAAUCCAAGUUUAAAAUCGAACCCAAGCUCCACUCCAUUACCCUCCAUUAGGCCCCAGCAGGGCGGCGCUGUGGAGCAGCUUGUCAGCGCUGUGUCCAAACUGGGCCUGGUUCACACAUCCACUGAUACUCUACCCAUCAGCCACAGCCAAGAGGAGCUGAGUGAGACCCGGGACAGAGACCGUCAACACCAUCAAGGGGCCUUUCAAGUCCUCUGUCACAGCUACACCCCCAGCUCAAAAGAGUGCUCUGUCCAGUCCUGCCUUCAUCAGUUUACCUCUAUUGAGCUGCUUAUGGGAAACAACAAGCUGCUCUGUGAAAACUGCACUGACAGGAGGCAGAGGCAGAUGAAGAGGAGCGAUAAGAAGGCAGAGAAGGUGUACACCAGUGCCCGUAAACAGAUGCUCAUAUCUGCACUUCCUCCAGUCGUCACUCUUCACCUCAAACGCUUUCACCAGGCUGGGAUGAAUCUGAGGAAAGUUAAUAGACAUGUGGACUUUCCUCUUUUGCUGGACCUGGCACCUUUUUGCUCCGCCACUUGUAAGAACCUCGGGUCAGGAGAGCGUGUGCUUUACAGUUUGUAUGGCAUUGUGGAGCACAGUGGAUCGAUGCGAGGUGGGCAUUAUGCAGCCUAUGUAAAGGUCCGAACACCUCAACGUAAACCUGAGCAGCGCCGGAACCAGUCAGGUUCCCGAGAGGCCUGUUCAGCUCCACAAGGUCAGUGGGUAUAUGUCAGCGACACCACUGUACAGACUGUCCCUGAGUCCAGAGUGCUGAACUCUCAAGCUUAUUUACUUUUCUAUGAAGAACUGCUAUAGAGCUGGACGGACACAUUAACCUAAGACGAUCCAGAUGAAGACAACAGGCAAUAUCAGCUCAGACAACAGCUAGCACUUACUGCAUGCCGAUUUCCCUGUAUUUUAAUGUAGGACUCCAUAUACUAAAAGAUUGGUCUGAAUGCAAAUCGGGAGCCAUUAUUAUUGAUGUAAAAUAAUCUGCUGAAUUUAAGUUAAUAAUGUUUUACAGCUAAUAUUUGAGUUUAAAGUUUUUUUUUGUGCUUAUUUUGCAGGAAAAUUGCCAAAGAUUAAUUUAGGAUGAACUAUGUACAGAAUAUAUCAUAAGAGAUGGACAAUUGUCCAAAAGUGUCUAUAAUACCCUCUGUUGUGAAGGGGAAACUCAACACAAUAUGCAGCUGUUGCUUUCGGAGCUGUCAUAUUCUGAACUGGAACUCACACGUUAUGAUUUGCUUUAGGACCUUGUUACAUUCACAGGCUUGACUUAUAGCAAUAUCUGUAUUUUGUUCAUUUUCUUAACUAUUUUUGUUCAUUUAAAAGGAUGGUUCACCAAAAUAGUUAUUUAAUCACCACUCCACUUGUUCCAAACUGAUAUAAGUUUAUUUCUUCUGUUGAACAAAGAAAAUAUUUUAUAUAAUGAUGGAAACCAGUAGCCAAAGACUUUCACUGCAGUAUUUCCUCUAGAUGUCAUUGACUUCCCCUUUCCAACAUUUCUCAAAACAUCAUCUUUUGUGUUCAAAAGAAAAAAAGAAACUCAAAGGUUUGAAACCACUUUAGGAAGAGUAAAUUUGAGUGAACAGUUCUUCGAUUUGCUAGAUUAAUACUCAAUUUUCAUGAUAUAUCUUUUGUUUUUCGCUUACAUUUUUCAAUAUACUUUGGCUUAUUUUGAUCUAAAUGGCGGAUUGGUUCCUCCUUAAAGGUUUUAUGAAUUUGUAACUUAAAUAUAUUAAUAUCUAACAGUUAAGGAGUUAAAAUUGCUGAACUUUGCCUCAUGCCUAAUUUUUUUUUUUUUGCAGAACUGAAUAUGACUACAAAAAAGUUGUAUUAAUAUUAUUAUUAUUAUUAUUAUUAUUAUUAUUAUUUUCUGCUUAUGACAAAUACCAGAGAUCCUGUGCCUACGGUUUAUGAGGGCUGAGAUUGUUUGAGCAUGCCUUUAAUGAAGUAUUACAUUCAUGCCGGAGUAUAACGAUGUGUAUAUACUGAUCAUAAAUAUACAUGAUUGUAUGUAAAAUAUGUAUCAUGUUCAAUACUAUUUAUUCUGUUUACCAGGCAAAUAUUGUAACACCAUAGAUUUGUGUGGUGUGUAAGGCUUCAGGGUUCCUCAAGCUGUUCUUUUGCUUGAAUUUUGUGAAUAUAAUCUCAUUUAAAAGGACAAUUUAAAUACAAUUAAUUGAUGAAAA